UGUUAAUCCUUAGAUAACAUACGAACUAUGCCUUGAAUAAAACCAAUGUAAUACAUACAUGUAUAUUAAUACAGCAAAGGAAAUGAGAGAUCUAUUCUAAGUAUUACAUACCUAUAUAACUACACCUUUGAUUUUGGCAUUUCCCCAAAUCUGAGACACGUGCAAAUAGUGCUUGCUAAGCGGUUAUUUCUACCGUUGACACAUGACAAUGCGUUAGAAUUAAUACUGGCAAAUCCUAUAUGAUUCAAUGGUCUUCAAAUAUAAUUUAUAUGUGUGCAUGACAAACGAAAGUGUACCUUUUAAUUUUGUUUUCCGAAAUAUGAAAGUGCAAAUAAACAGUUGACGUGGCCAGUAUGUGGAUGUAUUUCUAUUCAAGGGAGAUGUGCAUCUCAUUGGCGACGUGGAUCUAUUAUAGGAAGGUUCACGUGAUGAGAGUAGGUAUACAACGCAGAUAUUUGUAUAUUUCACAGCAGCAAUAACAUCUACCUCCACACUUUGCGUUUAGCCGUCUCCCGCGGAAGUAUCGAAAAGACUUGAUGCUUGUGUGGUGAAGGUAAUGAAAUAGGAUCGUGUGUAUACUCGUUAAUAUAACAUAAACUAAUAUAGGAACUAGCGUGUGUUAUAUAUGGGAGUACCACCGAUAUUAGUGAUGUAUUCUUAAAGAACAAUUGUUGUCACACUGGCAUUUGAGAAAUAUGAUCAUGUCAUUAUGUUUUUAUUAGACAAAUCGUCCUACAUUUUCACAGUCGACGUGUGUUAAUGCUAUGAAUGAAGCACGGUCAGUGCGAGUUCAUGAGAUAUGAAACUGGAGUAAAGCCUAAAUAUGAGUAUGGGGUUACAAAGAAAUAGCAUCAGUUGGAUUAAGCUUGAAGGAAGACGGAUAUGUAGGUUUAGAGAUUGAGAGCAAAGCGAAAGCCAAAGAUGCAAAACAUCGGCAUCGUUUUACGUAGAAAUUGAUGUCCAUAUUGUUUACGUUGAAUUUCAUCUCCAUUUUGGCUUCCGUAGGAAUUGACGUCCAUAUUGAUGUUUAAUUGUUUGGUUCAAUUAAAUGUUCACUGCAAUGAAGACUUUUAGUGACAAUCACGACACACGUUAAGAGCUAACCAAAGAUGUAUAUUGACGUAUACGUCUUAAUUUGAACUAACUUCCCUUGGUCGUGCCAAAUUAUUGAUUGAUGCAAGCACUUCUUGAUUCACCUAACUGCAUUGUAAGCUCACAUUUCAGUUGCGUAUUGUUUCCAAGCUCUAAUGCCCUUGAAAUUGGAACAUUUUUGUUAGCUUGACAUGUGUUCGACAUGAAUUGUUUACUUUAGAGGAACGUAUGUUAUGCAUGAAACGAACACACGUUGAGUCAUAUGCUAUUUAUAGAAUGGGAAAACCAGUCGCCAGCUGCUAAAUGUGACCUCUACCCUUACAUCAGCCAUAUCAGCUGGCUGUCAGUUGAACUUCACAUGAUGUGUGUACAGUGUUUACGGGCGCCAUUCAAGGAAACAAUCGAUCAACCUCUCAGCGUUUUCAGCAAACACGUUUUGUUGGCAAAUGAAUGAAGGGAUACAUUGAAGAACUUCAUGGAACAUGAUCAGACGUACAAGCGGAGUUCGAAUAUACCCAGACACCCACAGUACCAAACAUACAGCUCACGACUUGAUUCAUUUGUUGCUUGGCCUAUACGAUAUGUCCCGAAAACACCGGAGCAGUUGGCAUCAGCCGGGUUCUUCUACAUCGGGUCAGCUGACCGGGUCACGUGUUUCCAGUGCGGGAUAACUCUGAGAGACUGGGAGGAAGAACAUGACCCUGUGGCCGAACAUCAGAGAUACUCGGAACACUGUCAGUUUAUCAACAGCGUCGAUGGUAAUCAACUUGGCGUAGUCCAAAGAAGAAACGGUUCUUUCGUAAAUUCAUCUGCGUCUGGUAUUACGGACGUGGAAGACGCCAAGGUCACGUGUAAACCAAAUGGGGAGAAGGUUAAUAAUAUAGAUUUUUCAACACCGGCACCACCUGGUAUCUCCGACAUUCGAGAAGCCAACAGUGACCUUCACCUUGGAGGAGGAGCAUGCUCACAUUCGCGGGGCGUGGAUGUUCAAAGCGGGGCUAGAGCAGACGUCAAAAGUACAAGACCGCUGUCCUCUCUUUGUGGGCGACUUGAGGCUCUAGCAGUACAGCAAACUAAGGAUGGCUCGGCUGGAAGCGUAACCUCGAAAGAUGAUUUUGUUCCUGCAACCAUCCCUACUAGAAAAGAGAAGAUGGGAGUUCAAAGCUCGAAAUUGCCAACCACCCAUCACGGCCGGAUAGGGGAAUCAAAGGUUGCUAAAUUCCCGAACCAAAAACUGAUAUCCAUGAAGGCUGAAAACAGACGUUUGAAGGAACAGUCUACGUGCAGAAAGUGCAGAAUAAAUGCUGUAUCCAUCCUCUUCCUGCCCUGUGGUCAUCUCGUCACGUGCUCAGACUGCGCUGACAAGGUCCACGCAUGCGUAGUGUGUGGAACAACUAUUCUUGGGACAGUAAAAACAUUCAUAACUUGAUUUGCCUCAACAACUCGUUAUAAUGUGAGAAUGGUGGAAUCUGUCUCGGCAGAUAAUCUAGACUCAUGUUAUCACUGGUUUUUACACGUUUUAAUUAUUAUAUAUAUUAUUAUCUAUUAUCUGGAGAGUGCCAUUUUGCAUGUUUUUAUGCUCGUGCUUGGAACAGAAAUGGACGAGAGAGAGUGAGAGAGAGAGAGAGAGAGAGAGAGACAGACAGACAGACAGACAGACAGAAGGAGGGGAGGAAGUAUAUUCUCUAAAACCCUUAGCCUACAAGGGAUAAUCUCAAACUAGUAGUUCCGCCACAAUACAUUACACGGUCCUGAUAAUUCCAAUCUACGUAUGAACAACAUUGUUCUAUUUAUUGCUGACAGUUCCAGCGACGCGGUCAGUUGAAGUGAAGUUUAGAAAUUCCCAACCUAAAACGUUCCGGCAUUAUUACAAUACGAAACCUUUUAUGAUCAAAACAAUCGUUACCGGUGUUCAUAUUGACAUCGCCAGGACAUAAAUAUAUAUAACAUAUUGGCUUCGACAGAAUAUAGGAAUAUAUCACAUUGAAUCCGCCAGGAUAUAAAAACAUAGCAUAUGUUGACUUCGUACAUUAUAUCUGUUUGCAUUUCAUGAUUUUUAUCUAAGACUAUAUUUUAUUUAUUAUUUUGUUCAUUUAUCUUUUAAUGUGUCCAGUGACAAAUAUCCGCACAGAUCUUUUACACAUUAAUGACUAUCUUAAAAAAAAUCCUCUUUGAACAUGCACUGUUAUUGUCAAUAUCUGUGAUACCUUCACGUGUGUUUUAUUUAUGGUUUGGCCUCUUUCUACCUUUUAUUGCACGUCAUACAUGUACAUGUUUGUGUUGUAUAUUUGCUGUGUUUGUGUGCGUUGUUUCCAGAAGGGCAUUAUAUGGUAACGCUUUAGACUUGGGUUCAUGGCAUUGUUGAAAUUACGACCAGUCGUUGUGAUAAAUAUAGUCUUUGACGAACUGCAGAGUAAUGCAUUUAGUGAAUUUGUCUUUCAAGUGAAUGACUUUGUGGUUGAAUGUGAUACUCCUUAAUGAACCUGCGCCAUGUGGUGACCUUGAUUAGGUGCUGGAAUGCUGAAAAUGUGAUAGUGCACGUAUUUAUGUCAGGUAUACUGCAUGUUGUUACCUAGUUUGAAAUUGGGUGCUAAAACUGACAAUUUAAUGCAUUUUACCCACAGUUUACCAUAGCUUAGCUGCUAUAUGAACGAUACUAUAAAUAUCUUAUUUUAUAUCUAUGUUGAACAUUUCUCCCUCCCUAUACAGUGAAACCUCGUUAAGUCAAACCCUCAGACUGGAUAUAUUGAUUAAGAUGAUGAUUAUGAUUGAAGUACAUUUAGUAUAAAUAUAUGUCAUAUCUUAUAGAUAAUCCAUCUGUAUCGUGCUACGGAUAACUCGAUUAUUUUAGUGAUCACGAGGCUUUACUGUUCACACAUAUAGUCUGUUCACACUCGGAUCUUUUCUGUAA